CCGGUAAGCUUUGGGCUCGGCGCGCAGCGGCUUCGUUACCACUUAACCGAACUGUUGCGUUGCCACAGGGCACACUCCGAGGUGCAAUACCCACUGUAGCCGCUCCCCGCACGGCGCGGCCCCGUGUAACGGCCCUAAAAGCCGCAAGACCAAAAAACAGCGUUACGGCCCCCCGGAGCGCCGCGGAGCCUCAAGAAAGACAAAAUGAGCGCCCGUAAGUCGCUGGGCGACGUCACAAAUGACCUCCCAGCGCCGCCAACAACAACAACGACGGUCAAGCCGCCCACGCCGCCGCCGCCGACGACGGCCGCGCAGCGCCUCGCCGCGGCGGCGGCGGCGCGCCCGCCCGUCAAGUCGAGCGGCUACGGCCAGCGCUCGGUGACGGGCUUCGCGCACCAGCAGCGGCCGGCGGCCGCCACGCGCAUCGCCGCCGUCGCGCGCGGCCGCACGGGCCGGCGCCGGUCGAUGGAGAUCCGGAACGCGCGCCCGACGACGUCGACGUCGCGCGGCCCCCGGUCGGUCAUGAACCGGACGACGACGGCCAGCCGGCGGCGCGACGUGCGGACCUCGCAGACGACGCGCGCGCCGUCGACGGACCGCUGGAACUCGACGACGCGGUCGGUGUCGCGGCCGCGGUCGACGAACCUGUCGCGGUCGGCCGUCAUGCCCUGCGCGCGCGCGGCCGCCGCCAAGGAGGACGCGGCGCCGCCGGCGCCCAACGCGGGCGAGAUCGACAGCGAGGCGGCGAUCCGCGCGGUCCGGGUCGGCGUCCUAUUCCUUCAACGUGCGCGCGUCGCGACGACGGCGUAAACGCGAAAAAAAACUACGCAGGCGGCCCAGAUCGCCGAGGUGCUCGAGAGCGUCGGCAAGGACUCGGUCGUGCCGGGCCUGCUCGCGUCGACGUUCGCGGGGUCGUCGGACGAGGACAUCGCGCGCGCGUGCGAGAAGAUGCGCGCGCCGCCGGGCGCGCGCUGGGACGUGUCCGCGAAGAUCAAGAUGCGCGACGAGAAGCUGCGCGAGGUGCGGACCAUGCUGUCGCGCGUCGCGGAGCAGCGGCGCGCCUUCGGCACGCUCGUCACGAAGAUCGAGGAGAAGCUCCUGAAGAACACGCGCGAGGAGCGCGAGCGCGCCGACAAGGCCGACCGCGCGCUCAUCGUGGGCAGCGGCCUCGGGGACCGCCUCGAGAAGCUCGAGGCGCAGCGCGACGCGGCCGUCGAGGCGGCCAAGCUCGCCGAGGUCAAGCUCGCGGCGGCCGAGGAGGCGCGCGCCGCGGCCGAGGCGCGCGAGGGCGGCCUCGGCGCCGAGGCGGCGGCGGCGCGCGAGUCGCGCGACGCCGCGCGGAGCGAGCUCGCCAAAUUAAAAGAGGCGUCGAUGCGCGACGCGGGCCUCGUCGAGGGCGCGGUCGGUGCGGCUCACGAGCGGACGGCGGCGCUCGACGCGCGGGCGCGCGACGCGGAGCGCGAGCGGGACUCGCUGCGCGACGAGCUCGCCCUCCUGCGCGCGGGCUCGCGCGCCGACGGCGCGCGCGCCGAGGCCGAGGCGGGCGGCCUCGAGCGGCUCCUGCGCGAGGUGACGGCCGAGCGCGACGCGGCGCGCCUCGACGCCGCCGACGCGCGGCGCGCCCUCGCGGAGCAGACGACGCUCAUCGCGCGCGCCGAGGGCAAGGCCGAGGCCGCGGCCGCGCACGCGGCCGACGCGCGCGCGGCGCUGCUCGCGGCCCAGCGCGACGCCGCCGAGGCCGAGGCCCGGGCCAAGGCCGCCGACGCCGCCGAGCGCCGGCGCUUCAGCGAGGACGGCCGCGAGACCGCGGCCGCGGGCGCGCGCGCCGCGGCCGAGCGCGCGGACGCGGCCGCGCGCCUCGAGGCCGCCGAGACGCGCGCGGUUUCUGCCGAGGCCGCAAAAAGGGACGCCGAGGCCCGGCUCCAGACCGCCGAGGCGGCGGCGCGCGACGCGGCCGCGGCGCUCGCCGCGCGCGACGCCGAGCGCGCGGCGCUCGAGGACGCCGCGGCGCGCGCCGACGGCGCCGCGGCGACGCUGCGCGAGGCGCUGCAGGCCGGCGAGGCGCGCGAGCGCGAGCUGAGCGCGCGGCUCGACCGGAACGGCGCCGCGGACGCGGCGCGCGGCGAGGCGCUCGAGACGCGCGCGGCGGCGGCCGAGGCCAAGCGCGACGAGCUCGCGGCCGAGGUGCUCGCGCUGACGGCGGCGGCGGCCGAGCAGCGCCUGCGCGCCGAGGCCCUCGAGGGCCGCGCCGGCGCGGCCGAGGAGAGAGCGAGAGACGCCGACGCGCGGGGCGCCGACCUCGCCAAGGCCCGCGACGCCGCGACGGCCGCCGCGGCCGACGCCGAGGCGCGCCACAAGGUCGAGGCGUCGCUGCGCGCGGCCGUCGAGGAGAAGGAGGCCGCCGAGCGCCGCGAGCGGACGGCCGCGCUCGCGCAGCUCCUCGCGCUCCAGACCAAGCAGGAGAGCGACGCCGAGGCCCACCGGGUCAAGACGGCGGCGCUCGCGGGCGGGCGCGCCGCCGGCGAGGCCGCCUUCGCCGCGGCGGCGCGCCUCGCGGCGCGCGCGCUCGACGACGCGGCCGAGGCGGCCGCCGCGCGCGAGGCCGAGCUCACGUCGCUCAAGGCGGAGGUCGAGCGCGCGAACGAGGUCGACGCCGCGGCCCAGGCCCGGGCGCUCGCCGAGGCGCAGGGCACCUGCGCGACGCUGGAGCGGCGGCUCGAGGCGGCCGAGGCCGACGCGGCGCGCGCGCGCGCGGCCGGCGGCGAGCAGCUCGAGGCCCUCGAGGAGAAGCUGCGCGCCGCCGAGGCGACGCGCCGCAAGCUGCACAACACGAUCCAGGAGCUGCGCGGCAACAUCCGCGUCUUCGCGCGCGUGCGGCCGUUCCUCCCCGGCGACGGCGACGCGGACGCGCGCAAGCCGGCCGUCGAGCCGGGCGCCGACGGCGUCAGCCUGGCGCUGGCCGGCGAGGCCGAGGGCGCGCCGCGGUCGCCGACGCGCGGCGGCGAGCACGACAAGCGGCGGCCGCGGAAGCGCGAGACGUACGCGUACGACCGCGUCUUCGGGCCCGAGGUCGGCCAGGAGGAGGUCUUCGGCGAGGUGUCGGAGUUCGUGCAGUCGGCGCUCGACGGCUACCAGGUUUGUUUGCUGUCCUACGGCCAGACCGGUUUUGCUUCAGUGUCCCGUCGGGUGCCGCCCAGACGCCAUCGCGACGUGCGCCCUCGACGCUGUCGCCGCGACGCCAUCGACGCGACCCACCACCAGAGAUCUCACAACGCGCGCGACGCAGGCUCGGGCAAGACGCACACGAUGCAGGGCGCGGGCUCGGGCCCCAUGCGCGGCAUCAUCCCGCGGGCCAUGGAGCAGGUCGCGGCCUACUGCGCGCAGCAGCGGACGCGCGGCUGGGCCUACGAGAUGGAGGUCACGUACGUCGAGAUCUACAACGAGCAGGUCCGCGACCUGCUCGGCGAGGACGCGGGCGCGCCGACGACGCGCGACUUCGGGCGCGCCGAGGCCCAGAGCGGGCUCGAGGUUUUUUUGCGGCGUCCUCUGUCCCUUCGUCGCGUCCUUCGCUUUGACUGCUCGGUGGCGUUCGAGCCCCCAUCGCGGCCGCGGUCCCGUCGUCGCGCGACGUCUGAGCGAUGUCGACCCACGCAGGUCCGGCGCGACCCGAAGACGGGCCGCGUCUUCGUCGACGGCGCCACGCGGCGGCCCAUCGACCCCGCCGACGCGGCGGCCGUCGACGCGCUCGUGGCCUGCGCCGCGCGGCACCGCUGCGUCGCGUCGACGGAGAUGAACGCCGUGUCGUCGCGGUCGCACGCGGUCUUCACGCUCCACCUGACGGGCACGAACGCCGAGCGGCGCGCGCGCCUCCGCGGCGCGCUGCACCUCGUCGACCUGGCCGGCUCCGAGCGCCUCGACCGGUCGCACGCCCAGGGCCAGCGCCUCAAGGAGGCCCAGUCGAUCAACAAGUCGCUGUCCGCGCUCGCCGGCGUCUUCGCGUCGCUCAACGCGAAGCGGAGCCACGUCCCGUACCGCGACUCGCGGCUCACGUUCCUGCUCCAGCCGGCGCUCUCGGGCGACGGCAAGACGCUGCUCUUCGUCAACCUGUCGCCGACGGCCGCGUCGGCGAACGAGUCGCUCUGCUCGCUGCGCUUCGCGAAGCAGGUCAACCAGGUCGAGCUCGGCAAGGCGACGCGCGCCGUCGAGACCGUCUAGGCCGUUCCCCCCUACCACCCCUCCCCGCGGCUAAGCGCUGUGUAUCACCUAGUC